AUAAAAUUUUCGACCUCUACAGAAUCACCACCGUAUGUUGAUGCGGUUCACGCGUUCGCCAUAUCAUGUUUACAUUUGUUUGCACAUAACCUUUCGGAUCAUCCAAGCGCUCUGGAGAUACAACGCCGGCUGACGCGCGCAUUGAGGCAACAGUGAGAUUAUGAAGAGAUUUUAACAAUUCGAUAGGUGUUCAAUUCGUCGUUAUGUAACAUCCGGCUAUCGAACACAUAAUUGACAUCUCAAUCACAUAAAUCUUGUGGUGCGGUUGUUGGGAUCGGGCAAAAUGUUGAUUUCGAGAUUACUACAUGAGAUUGGUAGGAAGUGGUUUAACGUGCGGAAAACCACCAGGCGGAGUGUGCAAUCUGCUAGAGACACGGUUUUCCGCGGUGGUGUUGUUAUCGUUAGCACUGUUUUCAUAGUCUGGCUGUCUAUAUUUCUUUAUACGGUUUUUUACUACUCCUACAUGCCCAGCAUGUCAUACGUGCGUCCUGUGCAUUUACAAUUCAAAUCAUGUGAUGAGAAGAAAGGAAUCUGCAGUUUUCCACAGGCUCAUGUGCAACUGACCAAGAAGCAACAGCUUCUAAUGGUGGGCCAACCAUAUAAAGUAAAUUUACAUUUAGAAAUGCCAGAAUCGCCAGCGAACAAAGAACUUGGUAUGUUUAUGGUUUGCGCACAAUUGCGGAGCCGAGAUGGAUACCUCGUGGACCACACGUGCAGAUCAGCUAUGCUGCAUUAUCGCAGCACACUGUUACACACGCUUACAACUCUCACGUUUUCACCUAUGAUGAUUUUUGGAAACGCUGAGGAGAAGCAAGAUAUUAUUCUCGAGUUGUUUGGUAACUUUGAGGAGGAUCAGAGUCAUCCAGUAACGAUUAUUUUUAUUGAGAUUCAAUCACGGCAUAUAGAGUUCUAUUCUGCCAACCUCAUGAUAAAUGCUCAUUUAUCGGGAUUACGUUACUGGAUGUUUUAUUGGCCAGUUUUAUCAGCCUUUGUAGGCAUUGGUACAAAUUUGUUUUUCAUAAUGCUCGUAUGCACGUUGUCGUAUAUACACUUUGGUACCGAGGAAGAAAAUACGGACGAAACUUUCAGUUAUGAAAAGGGCGAGAUGGAAGAUGAUAAUGAUCUUAAGAACUUGUCAGAUACAUCAUCUCAAGAAGAUACAUUAUCCAUAACGGACCUCAAAAGUGAGGAGAAGAGUAUAGAGGAAGAAAAACUUGUUAAGGGAGAGCCAAGCUAUAUCCAGGAAAUUUCCACAUUAAUUGCCGAGUCAUCGAGUAGCGCUUUAGCUAAAUAAUUUAUUAUUACGCUUAGAAACGUGAUUAG